GGAAUUUCAAUUUGAAACCUACGGGAGGGAGGAGGCGGGUGUUGCGGCCGGCGGCUGGCGCUGAAGCUGGACGGGUCCCUGCGGCGAGCGAGCUCCUGAGUGCGGCGUCCGGGUAAGGAGGCGUCCUUGGAUCGUGCCAGCGAGCAAGGUGGUAGCAGUGAUCGCAGAGCUGGGCUACACGUGUGAGUUCCGAGGAGCUCCGGUGAUUACCCAGUGAAUCCAUUCCUGGUAAAUAAUAAGCUGUGACCAUGACUACUGAAGUGGGCUCCACAUCUGAAGUGAAGAAAGAAUCUGACCAGUUAGGAGCAGAUGCAACCAAGGAGAAACCGAAAGAAGUAGCAGAAAAUCAGCAGAAUCAGUCAUCUGAUCCAGAGGAGGAAAAAGGUUCCCAGUCACCUCCUCCAGCUGAAAGCCAAAGUAGUCCACGCCGCCAGAAGAAAGAGAAAGAUCCAUCUGAGAGCAGGGGGAUUUCUCGAUUCAUACCCCCGUGGCUUAAGAAACAAAAGUCCUAUAACUUAGUAGUGGCCAAAGACGGAGGAGAUAAAAAAGAGCCUACCCAGGCUGUUGGGGAAGAGCAGAUUUUAGAUAAGGAGGAAUCUCUUCCUGAAGAAGAAAGGCAGGCCAAGGGUGAUGCUGAAGAAACAGCCCAGGGAAAACAACAGGAGAUUAAGGUCGAUGUCAAGGAAGAGAAACCUCUGGUGAGCAGUCUGGAGACACAGCCUGUUGAAGAAGUAAGUAAAGAGAGAGAAGAGGAGAAGGUAAAGGAAAUACAGGAGGACAAAUCGGAUGAAGCAGCUAACAGGGAGACAAAGGAAGUUCAGACCAAUGAGCUAAAAGCAGAGAAGGCCUCUCAGAAAGCCACCAAGAAGACCAAAACUGUUCAGUGCAAAGUGACCCUCCUAGAUGGCACCGAGUACAGCUGUGACCUGGAGAAACGUGCUAAGGGACAAGUGUUAUUUGACAGAGUGUGUGAACAUCUCAAUCUCUUGGAGAAGGACUACUUUGGACUUGUGUUUCAGGAGAACUCUGAGCAGAAAAACUGGCUAGAUCCCGCAAAAGAAAUGAAGAGACAGCUGCGAAAUCUUCCUUGGCUGUUCAGCUUUAAUGUGAAGUUUUAUCCUCCUGAUCCUUCUCAGUUGACUGAAGAUAUCACCAGAUACUUCUUGUGCCUUCAGCUCCGGGAGGACAUUGCCUCAGGCCGCCUGCCCUGCUCUUUUGUGACGCAUGCCCUCCUGGGAUCGUACACACUGCAGGCUGAACUUGGGGACUAUGACCCAGAAGAGCAUGGCAGUCAUGACCUCAGCGACUUCCAGUUUGCCCCUACACAGACGAAGGAACUGGAAGAGAAAGUGGCAGAGCUGCAUAAGACCCACAGGGGUUUAUCUCCAGCACAAGCUGAUUCUCAGUUCUUAGAAAAUGCCAAGAGGCUUUCCAUGUAUGGAGUCGACCUGCAUCAUGCCAAGGACUCAGAAGGCGUGGACAUCAAGCUGGGUGUGUGUGCUAAUGGGCUUCUCAUCUACAAAGACAGACUGAGAAUCAAUCGUUUUGCUUGGCCGAAAAUCCUGAAAAUCUCCUAUAAGCGCAGUAACUUCUACAUAAAAGUUAGGCCAGCAGAGCUGGAACAGUUUGAGAGCACCAUUGGCUUUAAACUGCCAAACCAUCGGGCAGCGAAAAGGUUAUGGAAAGUGUGCGUGGAACAUCAUACUUUCUACAGGCUUGUGUCUCCAGAGCAGCCACCAAAGGCCAAGUUCCUGACCUUGGGGUCCAAAUUCCGCUACAGCGGCCGUACCCAAGCUCAGACCCGCCAGGCCAGCACCCUCAUUGACAGGCCGGCACCGCACUUUGAACGCACUUCUAGUAAGCGGGUCUCCAGGAGUCUAGAUGGAGCUCUGAUUGGUAUUGUGGACCGAAGUCUUACGAAGGAUUUUCCUGGCCCUGCUGGGGAGGUUUCAGCACGUGGCCCUGGAGCUGUGAGCCCUGCUGUGGUACAAGAUGGUGACGGCAGCAGGGACAUUAGAAGCCCAGCUAAAACCCCACAUGUGCAACUCACUGAAGGAAAGGCGAAGACGGAAGAGGAGGAAACACAGCUGGAGGAGAAAAAUUCCUUGAGGGUAGAAGGGGAUAAUAUUUAUAUCAGACAUAGCAAUUUAAUGUUGGAGGACCUGGAUAAGGCCCAGGAGGAAAUACUGAAACACCAGGCUAGCAUUAGUGAACUCAAGCGCAAUUUUAUGGAAUCCACACCCGAACCACGCCCUAAUGAAUGGGAAAAACGACGUAUCACACCUCUGUCCCUACAGACACAAGGGAGCAAAGGAGACCAUCUUUUCAAGGAUAUUUUAUCCAUGACGGAGAAGCAUCAGAUGGCGGCCGCAUGGACAGUUGAAGAGAAAGCCCAGGAGGCAGACAAGAGUUCACUUGAGACUCUGAAUGUAGUGGAGGAGAAGAAGCAGGCAGAGGUUGGGAAAGACGAAAGAGUAACCCCGGCAGAGCUGAACGGUAAAGAGCCGUCCCCUGGGCAUGGUCCUGGGGAGAUGCGGAAGGCGGAGCCGGGGACGCAGAAAGACCCCACCCCCCUGUCUUCUGAGAGCAGCAGCGAGAGCGAGGAGGAGGAGGAGGAGGCGGAGGACGUGGGGGAGUACCGGCCCCACCGCCGAGCGCCAGGGGGCUCCCUCAGGGAGGAGCAGGGAGAGUAUGAAGAAGAGGUGGACGAGGCACCCGGCCCAGCAGCCAAGGUAGUAGAGAGGCAGGACCCGGUGCCGGCAGCCAGCGCGGUCCCGCAAGCAGGUGCCAGUGUCGGCACAGUAGAAACAGUGACCCAGGAAAAGGGAGGAGCGGGCCCCCACAUCCCUGCCGAGAAGAGUGGAAACGAAGGCGCUGUUAAGCAAGACGUGAGCGAAGAAACGGAGGACGAGCAACAGAAAGUUAACGGAGACGUGGCUCCCGUUGACAUUGAUGUUUUGCCACAGAUUAUCUGUUGUUCAGAGCCACCAGUGGUAAAAACAGAGAUGGUAACAAUUUCUGAUGCCUCACAAAGGACAGAAAUCUCCACCAAGGAAGUCCCUAUUGUCCAAACUGAGACCAAAACCAUCACAUAUGAGUCUCCACAGAUUGAUGGCGGGGCUGGUGCUGACUCGGGCACGUUACUGACUGCACAGACCGUCACAUCUGAGUCCGUGUCGACGACGACAACCACACACAUCACCAAGACUGUAAAAGGUGGAAUAUCUGAAACGAGAAUUGAAAAGCGCAUCGUGAUCACGGGAGAUGCAGAUAUUGAUCACGACCAGGCACUGGCCCAGGCCAUCAGGGAAGCCAGGGAGCAGCACCCCGACAUGUCGGUCACGAGGGUGGUGGUGCACAAAGAAACCGAGCUGGACGAGGGGGAAGAGUAAGAAAUUCAUUUUAUAGACAACAUUCAACUUUGUGAACCUGAAAACUUUUGACCAUUCCAAGUCUUAAUGCCACACCACUGCUCCAGCGAAUUUAUACUACGACUGGUAACAAUGGCCAGAAGCCUGAAGAAUUAAAAUGCCAACACCAAACCUUACCUUAACAGCUCUGGUCUAUACCGUUCCCCCGCAUUUUAAUAUAUUAUUUUGUUUUAUAACCACUUCUAAAUAUUCUUGGUUAUUUCUUUUCUUUGUUUUUUUUUUUUUUUUUUUUAGUUAGAGAGUUUUGUUUUUUGUUUCCUGUUUACUUUGUGUACAACUACCUGCUUUCUGUGACUCAUUUUGAUCAAAUGAUAGUGAACAAAGCCAGCCCCAGCUGGUAAGGUGCUGUUCACUGGAACAGGUGCUGUUGUGCGGAAAGGAGACUCUGUGACUAAUUUCGAUAGUGGCUUUCCUUCUUCCGGAUGCUUCCCAUUGAGUUCUUACAAGUCAAUAUUUACAGAGUUCUCAGUUUGCAGUAAAUAUACUUGUAUGAGAAAAUGUUAAUGCAGAUUAAAGGCGUUUCUUACAUCGUGAAAAUUUUCUAAUGUUUGAGAAUUUCAUUGGGGCUAUUUUUUGAUAUUGAACCCUUUUGACUUUCCAGUACCGUGACUUUUUACUUUUAGCGGAAAGUCCGGGAAUCUCCAAACUGGAGAAUUAUGAUGAAGUUCACUGACCACGCACUGUGUUUAGAGGCCCUGUCGCACCACAGUGCCGAUGCUUCUCAGACACGGGCUCUUCGGCAGCAUUCCAGAAAUAGGAGGGGAGAGAAAGCGAUAUCUUCCCUCCUACUAAAAUAUUCAGGCAGCUUAAAAACCUUAGUGCUUUCUUUCUUAACAUGUCCCACUUUCAGUACUUUCCAUUAUUUGAACACUCGUGUAGAACACUUUGCUUUGUAUUAAACCUCCUUGUCUCCAUGUAAAACUGACCUUUUGUUAUCAAGCAGGUAUAUCUCUUUCAGAUAGCGUGAUGAUCCACACAGGUGUGAGGUUGCCAGGACGAGGAGUUAGGGCCGUGGUGGUUUUUUGACGGUUGUAAGAAGGCUACACCAUUUAAAGCUGACACCAGAGACCUGAUAGGGACUUAUUAACGGUAUUGAACAGUCUUUCCUUUGCUUUGGCCCUAUGUAUAGUUAUGAUGCCAGAUUAGAUUCCUAGCAGCUUCAAGUUGUAUUAAAUGAUAUUUUACUUUCUGUAAUACUGUUAUAAAAUAAAGUUU